CGAGCCAGACACACCGUCCAUCGAUCCAAUUCGUCCGGUACCGGCCGUGCACACCAUGGGCGCUUUGACCUGCAAGCGCUGCUCCGACGAAGAGGAUCUCUUCGGCUGUGGAGAUCCUGGGGAUUCCACCUCCGUCACCAUCCGAAGGGAGGAAGAGAAGACCCUUCUGGAGCGUUUGGAGGGCCACUGGGUCCGGCGAGAUGGCCAGGAGAUGGCCAGCCUGGGACCCGAUGGGUCCCUACGCUGGAGUAAGGCGUUUCAAGAUUGGGAAAGCUGCCUUGAAGAAGCGGGCCUCUCCAAAGUGCGUCUCAAAAUGAAGCGCACAGGACAGAUCCACGAGGGAGAGGUUCACUACGACCCGACGAGGAUACAAUGGAGUGACGGUGAGAUGUGGUUUCUAGAGUAAGCUGUGCAAACACACGGCCACGGACCAAGGCCUUCACCUUGCUGAGGCCAAGGGCUUCACCCACCGAACCAAG